AUGUCACGGGCCUUGCCACGGGCUUGGUGUACACUUUCGCAGUCCGCGCGAUCAACGCUGUUGGGGCUGGUGCUCAGAGUGAACAAAGUGCUGAGCUUCAUCACGUCGAAUCCGAUUCCAAGUGACGGGCACGUCAUCAUCACCUUCCCAUCAAACUUCACGAGCGUGGACUGUUCAGUGGCUCUCGCGUCGGGUAUGGACGGCGGUCUCGUUUCGAAUGUAUCCGGAUACACCGUAGACGUGGAGCGCGACGGAUUUGGUUCUGCAGUGGAGCCAGGGACGGAAGUGUCUGUGAGCUUGGUCGAUUGCGUGAAGAACCAGCUGUUUGAGGGCGAGAGCGACUCCUUUCCCGUCCUGAAGACGACACUCAACGACACCGGUAUAUCCGUCGACGAGGCGAGCUCUGCACACAACUCGGAAGACCAACCAGCGGCGGUGUUGUUCACCCCGGGAGCGUUCUCAGAGCCACCAACGGUCGAGUUGGACAGCCUUGUGGCGGGCCACGAGGGCGGAGCGAACGUCACUCUCGCACUGUCGAACCCCUUGCCGGCUGAUGGGAACAUAUUCAUCGAGUUUCCCAGUGAGUUCUCUCCCAUCAACUGCAGCCACGUUGUGGCCACGGGCAUCGACGGUGGCCUGGAGGUAUACGUGGCUUCGGACGCCGUCCACACGGUGUUCGAGGGCGUGAGCGCAUCGUUUCCGUCAGUCAAAACCACUUUGACGGACGUCGACGUGGCCAUAGAUGAGACUAGCGCCGAGUUCAACACGCCCGAUCGACCCCCGGGAGUGACGUUCACCCCAGGGGCGUUUGCGGGCGUCGGUCCCACUGUUGUACUCUCGACCUACGCCGCCGGCGAAGUGGGCACCGCCAACGUCAGCUUCAUCACGUCGAAUUCGAUUCCAAGUGACGGGCACGUCAUCAUCACCUUCCCAUCAAACUUCACGAGCGUGGACUGUUCAGUGGCUCUCGCGUCGGGUAUGGACGGCGGUCUCGUUUCGAAUGUAUCCGGAUACACCGUAGACGUGGAGCGCGACGGAUUUGGUUCUGCAGUGGAGCCAGGGACGGAAGUGUCUGUGAGCUUGGUCGAUUGCGUGAAGAACCAGCUGUUUGAGGGCGAGAGCGAUUCCUUUCCCGUCCUGAAGACGACACUCAACGACACCGGUAUAUCCGUCGACGAGGCGAGCUCUGCACACAACUCGGAAGACCAACCAGCGGCGGUGUUGUUCACCCCGGGAGCGUUCUCAGAGCCACCAACGGUCGAGUUGGACAGCCUUGUGGCGGGCCACGAGGGCGGAGCGAAUGUCACUCUCGCACUGUCGAACCCCUUGCCGGCUGAUGGGAACAUAUUCAUCGAGUUUCCCAGUGAGUUCUCUCCCAUCAACUGCAGCCACGUUGUGGCCACGGGCAUCGACGGUGGCCUGGAGGUGUACGUGGCUUCGGACGCCGUCCACACGGCGAGCUCUGCACACAACUCGGAAGACCAACCAGCGGCGGUGUUGUUCACCCCGGGAGCGUUCUCAGAGCCACCAACGGUCGAGUUGGACAGCCUUGUGGCGGGCCACGAGGGCGGAGCGAACGUCACUCUCGCACUGUCGAACCCCUUGCCGGCUGAUGGGAACAUAUUCAUCGAGUUUCCCAGUGAGUUCUCUUCCAUCAACUGCAGCCACGUUGUGGCCACGGGCAUCGACGGUGGCCUGGAGGUAUACGUGGCUUCGGACGCCGUCCACACGUUGUUCGAGGGCGUGAGCGCAUCGUUUCCGUCAGUCAAAACCACUUUGACGGACGUCGACGUGGCCAUAGAUGAGACUAGCGCCGAGUUCAACACGCCCGAUCGACCCCCGGGAGUGACGUUCACCCCAGGGGCGUUUGCGGGCGUCGGUCCCACUGUUGUACUCUCGACCUACGCCGCCGGCGAAGUGGGCACCGCCAACAUCAGCUUCAUCACGUCGAAUCCGAUUCCAAGUGACGGGCACGUCAUCAUCACCUUCCCAUCAAACUUCACGAGCGUGGACUGUUCAGUGGCUCUCGCGUCGGGUAUGGACGGCGGUCUCGUUUCGAAUGUAUCCGGAUACACCGUAGACGUGGAGCGCGACGGAUUUGGUUCUGCAGUGGAGCCAGGGACGGAAGUGUCUGUGAGCUUGGUCGAUUGCGUGAAGAACCAGCUGUUUGAGGGCGAGAGCGACUCCUUUCCCGUCCUGAAGACGACACUCAACGACACCGGUAUACCCGUCGACGAGGCGAGCUCUGCACAAACCUCGGAGGAUCGACCAGCGGGGGUGUUGUUCACCCCGGGAGCGUUCUCAGAGCCACCAACGGUCGAGUUGGACAGUCUUGUGGCGGGCCACGAGGGCGGAGCGAAUGUCACUCUCGCACUGUCGAACCCCUUGCCGGCUGAUGGGAACAUAUUCAUCGAGUUUCCAAGUGAGUUCUCUCCCAUCAACUGCAGCCAGGUUGUGGCCACGGGCAUCGACGGUGGCCUGGAGGUAUACGUGGCUUCGGACGCCGUCCACACGUUGUUCGAGGGCAUGAGCGCAUCGUUUCCGUCAGUCAAAACCACUUUGACGGACGUCGACGUGGCCAUAGAUGAGACUAGCGCCGAGUUCAACACGCCCGAUCGACGCCCGGGAGUGACGUUCACCCCAGGGGCGUUUGCGGGCGUCGGUCCCACUGUUGUACUCUCGACCUACGCCGCCGGCGAAGUGGGCACCGCCAACAUCAGCUUCAUCACGUUGAAUCCGAUUCCAAGUGACGGGCACGUCAUCAUCACCUUCCCAUCAAACUUCACGAGCGUGGACUGUUCAGUGGCUCUCGCGUCGGGUAUGGACGGCGGUCUCGUUUCGAAUGUAUCCGGAUACACCGUAGACGUGGAGCGCGACGGAUUUGGUUCUGCAGUGGAGCCAGGGACGGAAGUGUCUGUGAGCUUGGUCGAUUGCGUGAAGAACCAGCUGUUUGAGGGCGAGAGCGACUCCUUUCCCGUCCUGAAGACGACACUCAACGACACCGGUAUAUCCGUCGACGAGGCGAGCUCUGCACACAACUCGGAAGAUCGACCAGCGGCGGUGUUGUUCACCCCGGGAGCGUUCUCAGAGCCACCAACGGUCGAGUUGGACAGCCUUGUGGCGGGCCACGAGGGCGGAGCGAACGUCACUCUCGCACUGUCGAACCCCUUGCCGGCUGAUGGGAACAUAUUCAUCGAGUUUCCCAGUGAGUUCUCUUCCAUCAACUGCAGCCACGUUGUAGCCACGGGCAUCGACGGUGGCCUGGAGGUAUACGUGGCUUCGGACGCCGUCCACACGGUGCGUGUGCAGCGGGCCGGGGACGGUAGUGUCGUGGUAGGGGGAUCGAGCGUGUCUCUCGCACUGGUCGACGGCAUAACGAACCAAGUGUUCGAGGGCGUGAGCGCAUCGUUUCCGUCAGUCAAAACCACUUUGACGGACGUCGACGUGGCCAUAGAUGAGACUAGCGCCGAGUUCAACACGCCCGAUCGACCCCCGGGAGUGACGUUCACCCCAGGGGCGUUUGCGGGCGUCGGUCCCACUGUUGUACUCUCGGCCUACGCCGCCGGCGAAGUGGGCACCGCCAACGUCAGCUUCAUCACGUCGAAUCCGAUUCCAAGUGACGGGCAUGUCAUCAUCACCUUCCCAUCAAACUUCACGAGCGUGGACUGUUCAGUGGCUCUCGCGUCGGGUAUGGACGGCGGUCUCGUUUCGAAUGUAUCCGGAUACACCGUAGACGUGGAGCGCGACGGAUUUGGUUCUGCAGUGGAGCCAGGGACGGAAGUGUCUGUGAGCUUGGUCGAUUGCGUGAAGAACCAGCUGUUUGAGGGCGAGAGCGACUCCUUUCCCGUCCUGAAGACGACGCUCAACGACACCGGUAUAUCCGUCGACGAGGCGAGCUCUGCACACAACUCGGAAGAUCGACCAGCGGCGGUGUUGUUCACCCCGGGAGCGUUCUCAGAGCCACCAACGGUCGAGUUGGACAGCCUUGUGGCGGGCCACGAGGGCGGAGCGAAUGUCACUCUCGCAUUGUCGAACCCCUUGCCGGCUGAUGGGAACAUAUUCAUCGAGUUUCCAAGUGAGUUCUCUUCCAUCAACUGCAGCCACGUUGUGGCCACGGGCAUCGACGGUGGCCUGGAGGUGUACGUGGCUUCGGACGCCGUCCACACGAUUGAGUUUCCUCCGAGUUUUCCUUCCGUUUCACCGAUGGUUGCGGACUCGGCCGAGCUAGGUACGGUGAGCGUGAACGGGACGUUCUCAGUUUCCGUUCAGCGCGACGGGCUCGGUGAUAUCGUUCCGACAGGAACAUCAGUAGCGCUUAUUCUCUCAACGGUCAUCAACCGAGGGUCCGUGGGAGACACCGGCAACUUCUCCGUCACUACGUUCACCGACAGUUCCAUGAAUAACAGGAUUGACGUCGGCGUUGCCGCAUCGGUUGUGGUCGGAAAACAAGUUUUAUCAACAGCUGCCGCGUUUGGAUCGUCCUCUGUGGCCGUAGCUGCCCAGAACAAACGAUGGACGUUCUUUGGUCACGGCGUGGCUUUGGAAGAUAAAGUGAAGUGGGUGAAUUCCAGCGCCACUUCGGAUGAAGACUGCAACUGGAACGCUGAGGAAAUCAAUAUUGACGUUUUCAACGGCAGUGCAUCCAGUGCCAUUGUCACGUUUAGCGAGAGCUCCGAAACGACCGGCCCCCUUCAGCUUUGCUAUCAGUUUUCCAACGGCAGCCACCCCUUUAAACUGUAUCCUGCAAUCAAUAUUGAUGUGUUUGAGCUGUACAGCGUGCAGGAUGCAGAGCAGGGUAGCAUAUCCCUCAGCGUUGUCGGAUAUGCCAAAGUUUUGACCCUGUCAGGAUUUGGGAAUGCCGAAUUCGACGAAGCAAAGUGGCUUCUAGGUUCGACCAACUGUUCGUCCGCUCGGGAUGUUGCUCCCUUGGCCUCGGGUGGUGACGGGGAAGUCAACGCUGCUAGUGUGUCGUCUACCUUCCAAGCUUCGUUUGAGUUCACCGAAGAUGUCUUCACUCAGGCGGCAGCUGGAAACACCAGCGCCGGUGCCACCCUAUGCUACAGGUUUGGGUCUGAGGAGUUUCAACAUUAUCCAAGUAUCUCGAUGGGAAUACUCUACUUGAACGGAAUUACAUCUGCGGUGGGAAGCUCCUCUUUGGCGGUGGUAGAUGUACCGGAAAUACUCAGCUUCAGUGGGUAUGGAAUAUCGGAAAACGCCUCUUCGGAGGACCGUGCAAGAUGGAUCCUGUCCGGCACCGACUGCUCCGACAACUGGGCACUGAUUUCUGAUGAAGUGGCCACCGACGGCCGGGUGGAGGUUUCUAGCGGCGAGGCCACCUUCACCUUCAUGACUUCGAUGUCGGGCGAGACCCCAAGCUUGUGCUAUUGGUUCCAGGAUGAGCCUGGCGUGCUCUUUUCGUCUGUCGUGAUCAAUGUGGCCCAUCUGUCAACUCUGUCAGCCCCAUCUUUCGGCGAUGCCGAUGUCGCCGUUGUUGGGUACCCCAAGAGUUGGGGAUUCUCCGGUGGGCACAUUGAAGACAAUGAUUUCGUACGAUGGAUCUACAACGAGUCCUCCGAUUGCUCUGAAUCGAAUGCCCUGCCGGAGAUGGAGGAGGACGGCAAGAUCAUUUCUGGCGAAACUACGUGCACCUUCGCGGAAAGUGUGUCCGGACGCUGGAUCACCCCAUGCUACAGGCACGGCAGCGAGCCAUGGCGCCGGUACUCGAUGCCCGUGUACGUAAAAAUGGUGCACAACAUGACAGCGGUAUGGGGCAGCGAUGCGACUUGCGUGGUCGAUCAAGGCAAGAAAUGGGCUUUUGAAGGGGACGGUCUUCAAGCUGGCGACGAAACAGACUUGAUCAAGUUUGUCAUCAACGACACCGAUUGUGCAAGUAACUCUGAGGCCCCGCUGACAGGGGCUGACUCGGAUGGCGUUGCCAUGUACCUUGAAACAGACAGCACAGCGACAUUCAUCGUCGAAUCCGCAGCAGCAGGCUACUUCAUCAACCUGUGCUACAAAUUCGGCAAUGAAGAAUUCAUGUGGUACGACAUCCGGGCGUUUGCACAUAUGGUGAAGUCGGUGGAUUCGCUUGUGGGUGGGAAAGACAUCGCCGUCGUAGACGUGGAAGAAGUUCUUGUUAUCCGAGCCAACGGUACUUCGUCACAGGACUAUAUGCGAUGGAUUGUGAGCAACGAGACAUCCGGAACCUCGUGCAACGAUACCGCCGUUGUCCUAGACGGCCCUAGCGAAGGCGCAAACGAAAUCAUCGACAUGCCCAUUUUCUAUAGAGGAGGUGUUUUCCUCGCGAACUUCACGUUCAGCGCGUCAUCUGCGGGAUUAUCGCCCAUUCUGUGCUACAAAUUCGCAGACGAGCCAUGGAAGGCAUACAACGAUGUGACUAUUGAUGUGGCGAUGCUUCAAGAAGUGCACGCAAACGAGGGAUCUAACUAUGUCGCUGUGGUCAACUACUCAAAGAUGUGGACUAUGGCCGGGCAGUUCUUGGCCGCUGGGGAUCAGGUUCGAGAAGAAGUUUUUUGGUCAGCAUCGACCUGCGAAACAGCUUCAGCUGCUAAUCUGGUGGGAGACCCUGACGGGAUCCUUCUUGUAGACUCUACCCUGGCACCAUGGUUCGCGUUCGAUAGUUCUGCAUCCGGGUCUAUCGUGCACAUAUGCUACAAGUUUAACGACGAGCCCUUCAAGGAGUACGUGGGAUUCGAGAUCGACAUCCGGAUGAUUCGAGCUGUUGCGGUAGAUGUGGGGUCCCCUAGGAAGGCCAUUCCCGGUGUGGCGAAGACGUUUUCGUUCAUAGGGGACGGCACAGCAACCGAGGCGGGGCUGGACCAGGUCAAGUGGGUCGAUGGUGAUGAUUGCUUAUCGAACGGAAUCACCGGUGAUGUCGAAGAUGCCGAAGGGAUACGAAGCUUCAAUCUUCUGUACUUCGACGCUACAGGCUUCACCGCCCAGACGAUAGCUUUCCCCGAACGAGAGAUUGGAGGACCAUACGCCAUGUGCUACUCCUUCGACGAGGAACCCUAUCAGGUCUAUGUCGACCUCGUGAUGACUGUGCUGGGAAUCUCAGACGUGACUGCAGCAGAGGGAGCAGCCAACACGAUCGUUGUAGGCGCCGUCAAGCGUCUUAACUUCACCGGAGGAGGUGCUGUUGAAGCUGGAGACAAUGCAGUCUGGGUGUCUGGUGGACGGGUUGACAGUGACUGUCUGGUGACGGCAUUUUUGUCUGGCCCUGAAAGCACGGUGGACUUACUCAAUGGAGCCGAUUUUUUCAUCCCGGAUGAAGAUGGCGAGGGCAUGGCGGGCAGAACAUGGACCCUGUGCUAUCGGUUUGGGACGGAGAGUUUCAAAAUCUACACGUCGUUCACAUUGACGGCGGUUAGGUUGGUUGAUUUUUCUGCGGAAGAUGGCUCUGACGAUGAUAGUGUCGUGGGUUAUCCAAAAACUUUCCAUCCUUCCGGGUUUGGAAUCGCCGAGGGUGACAAAUCCAAGUGGGUGAUGGCCUCCGUUUCGAGUGACGAAGGUUGCGAGUCCGAUGGUGUCGUUGAUGAAGAGCAGGUGGAGUGGACCAUGUACACGCCAGCAUUGGUGACGGCAAACACAUCAACAGUCGACCCAAUGACAACCACAUCAAGCGGGAGCUCAGCAGUGGCCACAUCAAGCCCAGAGGAGGAGGUGCUCUCGUCGACCUUUACGUUUACAACGCCAACGUUCAGUUCGACCAGAGUGCAGUUGUGCUACAAGCAUCAGGACGAGCCCUACCAUCUCCAUGCUGGUAUAACGUUGCGCACACGACAACUGUUGUCAGCGACAAUUCGCGAGUUGGGCACAGAGCAGGUGCUCACGUCCAUCACAAACUCACCGCAGGUGGUGGCUUUUGUGGCAGUUGGUGGGAUGGAAGGUGAUCAAUACAAGUGGGUUCCUGCAACCGAGAGUUAUACCUCCGAGACCUUGCUCGACCUCUGCGCUGAUUCGGUGGACCCUGCCGCCGGUUCUUUGGUUGGUGUCGCUGCCGGAUUCUACCAAGAGGCAUCCUUCACGUUCACGGAACCAGUGUCAGACUUGAUGCUCUGCUACGCCCCCGGCUCAGAACCCUUCAUGCCGUACCCAAAUAUUACUAUGGAAGCGCUUGCUCCGGUUAUCGCAACUUCGAACACCACCCAUGUGAUAGCGGGACGGUCGACAACUGUUCGGCUGAUCGGCACAUUCGGUCUAACCUCCGGCGAUGCCUUGAAACUAGCCGACAACGCGGAUGGGGACUGUGAAGGUAACGCCGCUGGGGGCGAUGAGGCAGAGUUCGCUCCGGACACGACCGUGCUAGGCUCUUCCGGGCCAGCACUAGGCACGUGCACCAUCACCCUAUACGUGAGCGACCGCACGGAGGAAAACAGGCCGUACAAGCUGUGCUAUAGGUUUGGCGCCGCGGGGGUGUGGGAGCUGUUUGAGAAUGUGUCAUUGGAGGCGUACGAAGUGACAGGAGUAUCGAUGGACAACGACGGGGAGGGGUCCCCCGCGGCUGGGGAUGCCCUGCAAUUCUCGUUUUCCGGAACUGGAAUCGUCGAUGGAGACCUCGCGAAAUGGGUGGGCGCCUCUACUUCUUCCGACAUCCAAUGCGACGCUGCGACACCUGCAUUUGGGUCAGCGACGGCCACGGUUGUCGGAGGUGUCGCCGAGUUUGCGUUUGAUGCCAAUGUAGAGGACUGGGUCCUGUGCUACAAGCAUGGUUCGGACGACUGGAGGUUUUAUGCAGCAAUCGUCCCCGUAUCAGUUUCGAGCACGUCAUCUUCGGGCACAACAGCGAUCAGCGACACUCAACGGACAAAAGCUCACGUUUCUUUUACGAUGGAAGGUCAAAUUUCUUCGUACCCCGAGGGGUCUGACGCUCGGACGAAUUUUUUGUGGGCUUUCUUGCUGGAUCUAGCGCGAGCUCUCGGGGUGGCAACUUCGAGGUUCACCAUUACCGACAUGCGGGCGGGCUCUGUGGUGGUAGACUUCACCAUCGAGCCAACGGGCUCACUGGCAGAUCAGUCUGUCACUGAGCUGCUCACGAACCUGGACGAGCAGAUAUCAGACGAAUCUAGCUCUUUGCGUAAUGGCAAUGUAACGUCUGCUGCCAAAGGGCUCACAUACACCACGGUUGUUGAAGCGGACACGACGCCCACAGACUCCUCAGCGGCUGUGAUCGGGCUCUCGGUGGUUGAGUAUCGGCCAAAAGGCUUGUUUGGCUUCACGUCGACUGUCUGGUACACAACAGAGGCCAGCGGGACAGUAACUCUGACGAUUGCGCGAGACCACGGCACAAAGGGUGUUAUGGACAUCGGGUAUACCACUGCAGAUGGGAGCGCCACCGGUGGAGACGAUUACACCGCCUUGGCCGGCACCGUUCGGUUUUACGACGGAGACACCUCUAAAACUGUGGAUGUUCCGCUGGUGGACGAUGUUGAGACGGAGGCACACUUCGAGUCGUUUUCCAUUGCCCUCAGUCUUGAGGGGCCCAUCAACGAAGGCGCUGCGUUGAAGGCAACGGCCACAGAGGCAGAAGUUCUCUUGUACGACUACGGGGAUGGAGUCGUCCUAGCAGAUGCAACGUUUUCUGCCAACCCAAAGUCCUCCUCAGGUGGAGCAGAAGAUCUUGCUCUCGGCUGGAAAAUCACAGAUAACGGAGGGCAAAGCGGAUGGGUGGACUCAAUCGGCUUCGCGGCUAAAGAUGCUAUAUUCGGCGCCGACGAGUAUGAUGAUCGAUGCGACUAUGCUGCGACGGCGCCGUGUGACCAUGACUGCAUAUUUGGGGGUGGGCUGGCUGAGCUCUUCCCAGCAACCGGCGAAAGCCCGUCAGUGAUUCGUCUCAACUCGACAGGCUACGUUACGACAGUAGACCCCGUCAGCAACUUUCCUUCCACGGCCUUUUCAUUGUCGUUCUGGAUACGAGGGAUCUCGACGUCUGGUGGAAGAGGUGGCGGAACGGUGGUGUCCUACGUUGGCCCAAAUUCGAGCCCGAGCGAUUUCGAAGUUCUCCUUCACAAUUUGAACGGGCUGAACCUUCUCGUGCACGGGAAGUUCGUUUCCGCUGCAGAUCGCUACGAUGGUCCUUCAGGAGGAGAUCUUGGCGGAAUCAGAACUGGGAUAGACGUGGCCCGCGAUGGGGCCUGGCAUCACGUGACGGUCGCGUGGAGAUCUGCGGAUGGACGGGUAGAUGCGUUCUACGACGGCGCUCGGGUGUUUGAUGGUGGCCCCUACAAGGCCGGGAUGACAUUGUCAACCGGGGGGAGACUGGUUUUGGGACAAGCGCAAUCAAGCGAUUGUACCUCCGCCCAGGAUGUGGUCACGGCAAACGUGUCCACGUCGGACCCUCUUGAGUGCGAGGUAGUAAGUGGAUUGAAAGGACCAGGGGGGCUCGAGGCAGAGGUCCAGCAUCUGAGGUUAUGGUCAAAGUUUGUGACUGCCGAUGAGGUGGCCCAGCAGAUGCACGAGCCUUUCGAGGGAAACACGGUUGGACAGGUUCUUCACUGGGAUUUCACGCCCGCCUCAAUGGAAGGCCGUUUCGUCGAGGAUUCGUCAGGCGUCGGCGAAAGUGUUUCGGGAGAAGCCAAUCACGGUCUUCUGUCUGAGAACGGGGUCGGGUUGGUGCAGGCCUCACCGAGCCUGAAUCCCGGCUACCCAUGCGGAGUCGUCCACGCCGGCAUUUGGAGGUUCGCCGGGUCGGAGGAGUUUGUCACAGGGCUACGGAGAGGCACAUCGUACGGCGGGCGGCUGCAAUUCAGACUGGCCUACUCUGCAGCUAGUGGGGACAUACGCUCAACAAGAGGAGCGGUGGUGAUUCGCUCGCGCGGUGGCCAAGAAAUUUCUUGGAACCUGAUUUUCGACGUGGCGGAAGCAGUACCAGGGCAUUGGACCCAUGUAAGCGUCGUGUUGCGCGAAGAUCAUGGAUGGUUGCACGAGCCGCUCGGGGAGGACGUGACGAUGGCCGAGAUGAAGGAAAUCUUGGCGAAUGCUAGUGAUAUGUUGAUUCGAGGCGACCUCCGCGUGUUCGGGCGGAGUGGGGGAGGGCAAGAGGUGGUCUAUUUGCAGGAUGUUCGGCUAUUGGCCAAGGCGUGAGGCGUCAAGGUUUCCGAGUGUGUUGUUGCCCGGGUUGUUUCAUGUCGUGUUUGUAU